AAACACGCUCACCCAAAAUCUAGCUCGAAAGAAUCUCGACAAGACCUGUUGGAGCAACUGUCGUCCAGAGCCGUGCACUUGAAUACACAAAUGCGCUGGCGCUAUGGCAUCCGCAGCAACAUCAGUCACUGAGGCAGUAGCCCAACUUCCGCGCAAAUUCGGCACGAAACAAAUCUUCCUACCAAACCAUGUCAUUGCCUUCAUCCGCCCCAAACCUAGGCAGCCGCCGAACCUCGCGACGUUUGUCGUGCCGCUCCAGUUUAACAAGCUCGACUUGCGUGACUAUCUCUUCCACGCUUACAAUGUCGAGGUCAACGGCGUCCGUUCGUUCAUCAACCAGCCCGCGCCGAGACGCAAGGCGGGGAGGGGCAAGUGGUACCGUCCACGUGCGCAAAAGAUGAUGAUCGUUGAGCUCGUCAAACCAUUUGUCUGGCCGGAACCCCCGGCCGAGAGUGAACGGAAGGACUUCGACUACUCCAUCUUCAAAAACAUGCAGAAGGCGAGAGACGAGGACACCAAUAGACGGGUGGAUCCAUCGAACAUCCCGCUACGGACACAGACACCGAUGCCCAGGCCGCGGGUUGGGUUGAUUGCGCAGGCGGAGCAGUUCCUGAAGAAUGGAGUUGAGUGGUCGAAUGGGAAGACAGGCGACGACAAAUGGACCGAGGUGGAAACGGAUGUAAAAGUAUAACAUACGUGUGGGAUAUAUGUAUGGAUUGCGGUUGUGAGUUGCCGGGUAAGAGGAGUGGGCGGAUCUUGGAGAUCAGGUCCAGCAUGCUGACUCACUGGGAAAGGCACCGAUAGGGAUCAAGCCAAGGAGGCGGGAUGUAUUAUAUGCCCUAGAGUUGAAUACACUGUACUAUUACGAUCAAGAUCAUUCCCUGUCCCACCGCCCUCGUCCUCUUCAACCCAGCACUCCUUCCGCUGGUAAUGCAGUACCUGAUCCCCCAAGGC